AACUACGUUACCCGGCUGUAGUACGGGGUCCGCACUCCGCAGUUGUCUGGUAGUAGUCUAGCUACUAGUGUGUUACCUGGAUAAAUAUGAACUGUAAAUCUAAUUCUGUGUUGGGUUAGCAUAUCGGCAGACAUUUGUCAUUUAAAGCGCCAUUUAAACGACAGCGAGCUAGGUCUCCAAGUGACUUCAUUCUGUAGUUAAUCUUUGCCAUCAAAGCAACGGAGAAGUGCCAAAACAUACUAGCUAGCUAGGACCGGUGUAUACAACGUUAGCUAGCUACACAUAAUCCGUUUUCUAAUUAUUGUGUGGUAACAUAUGUAUGUAUAUUUCCAAAGGGUCUGAGGCGGACAUUUAUUUUGCCAAGAAUGGCGGACGAGGCACUUUUUCAAUUUCUUCACAAUGAACUGAUACAGUAUGUGUACAAAUCAGCAGAGCACGGCGAGAUGGAAAACGGGAGGUGCAUUACAAAGCUGGAGAACAUGGGAUUCCGCGUUGGCCAAGGGCUAAUUGAAAGGUUCACGCGAGACACUGCACGGUUCAAGGAUGAGCUGGAUGUUAUGAAGUUUGUCUGCAAAGAUUUCUGGACCAGUGUUUUCAAAAAGCAAAUUGAUAACUUGCGAACAAAUCACCAGGGGAUUUAUGUGCUACAGGAUAACAAGUUCCGUUUGCUGACACAGCUCUCCACAGGAAAACAGUAUUUAGAACAUGCCCCAAAGUACCUGGCAUUCACCUGUGGGCUCGUGAGGGGUGGACUGGCCAAUCUGGGUGUGAAGAGCAUAGUCACGGCAGAGGUGUCCGUCAUGCCAGCCUGUAAAUUCCAGGUGAUGAUCCAGAAGAUGUGAGGAACAGAGGAGUCCCCACUCAACAUGAAACACUUGAAAAAUCACGUCUCAGUUUUACUGCCUUUUUAAGUGUUUGAAAUGUUCCUGCAUGCACACUGUGUUGUGGACUACUGUGUAUUAAUUUAAUUUAAUGUUCGUUAUUAUUAUUAUUAUUAUGAUCAUUUCCCACGUGGACCAUGUUUGCCUUUAAUCGUUUGAAUAUUGUGUAAAAAAAAAGCCUAUUGAUUUGCACUGAGCCUUUAUUAAAUUAUAAUAUAAUUUA